UGGCCGUCUAGCGGCGUGGGCGGGCUCUUAGACUCGGUUGACGUUGUUGUUGAAAGUGGAGUGGAAAUUACUUUGUGGCUGAUGGUCCGGCUUGGGGAUUUGACGCUUAGUUACGCCACGAGAAGAUGCUCCAAAGUUAACCACUGUCCAUUUUCACCGAGUGGGCGAAAGUAGGAGGACGGGAAGGAUGAAAACAUCUGCGGGGCUGCUCAAGGAAAGAACGUACCCGCCCCCGGAAAAAGAAAUGGCUCGGCUCGGACGGCCUGUACUGCAGAGACAAGACGACGUGACCCAAGCUGCCGAAGGGCGUCAGGCGAGCGCGGUCCCGGCCCGCGAUGCCUCACCCGCUGCGACUUCCCUGGCGCACGCCUCCGGCCCCGCGGGUGGCAGUGACGAGCAACUGCUGAACACACCCGAGUUCACCUUCCAGCUGCCCGACCUCAGCAUGUACCAGGACGACUUCCAGGUCAGCGAGAGGGACCUGAUCGAGAAGUCCAUGAUGGUGGCCUUGGAACACGCCGGACGCCUGAACUGGUGGACCAAAGUGGUUCCAAACUGUCAGAGUUUGCUGCCCCUGACGACAACCGGGGAUGGAAACUGCCUGUUACACGCCGCCUCGCUCGGCAUGUGGGGCUGUCACGACCGCGACCUGUCGCUGCGCAAGGCGCUGCACGAGCAGAUGGAUCAUGGGGAAAAGCAGGAGGCCCUCAAGCGCCGCUGGAGGUGGCAGCUGACCCAGCAGAACAAAGAGUCGGGCCUGGUCUACAGCGAGGAGGAGUGGCAGAAGGAGUGGAACGAGCUGCUGAAACUGGCCUCCAGCGAGCCGCGGGUCAACUACAAUAACCACGUCAACAGCAGGGGGGAGUCCUCGGAUGAGCCCGUGUACGAGAGCCUGGAGGAGUUCCACGUGUUCGUCCUGGCCCACAUCCUCAAGCGGCCCAUCGUGGUGGUGGCCGACACCAUGCUGAGGGACUCUGGAGGAGAGGCUUUUGCCCCUAUUCCGUUCGGGGGCAUCUUCCUGCCCUUGGAGGUAGCGUCCACCGUGUGCCACCGCUCUCCGCUGGUGCUGGCCUACGACCAGGCUCACUUUUCGGCGCUGGUGCCCAUGGAGCAGAAGGACGGCGCGGAAGAGCAAGUGGUCAUCCCGCUCACUGACUCGGAGCACAAAAUGCUUCCUUUGCACUUUGCCGUCGAUCCAGGACAAGACUGGGAGUGGGGGAAGGACGACACCAACAACAAGAAGCUUGGCAGUGUGACUCUCUCAUUGGAAGCAAAGCUCCAGAUGCUUCACAGCUACAUGACUGUCAACUGGCUGCCGCUGCCCUGCGAGCAAGCGCCGCUGGCCCAGCCCGAGUCGCCCACCGCGUCGGCCGGAGACGACGUCCGCACACCUCCAGACUCCGGUGAGUCGGACAAGGAGUCCGUCAGCAGUAGUUCCAAUGGCAACGGAGACGCCGGCCCCGCGGGAUCCACGGUGAACGGCGGCGGACCCUUGGCCCAGAACAACUCGUCCGCUUCGUCCACGUCCUCCAACGGCGGGACGCCCACGAUGGGACAAAAAGAGAAAGCCAAGAAGGAGAAGGACAAAAAGAGGGCCGAGUCGGUAGCCAACAAGCUGGGCAGCUUCGGAAAGACGCUGGGCAGCAAGCUCAAGCGCAACGUGGGCGGUCUCAUGACGGGCAAGAACGGGGGUGUCGGACAAGGCAAGAAGGAGAGCGGACACAAAAAGAAGGGCUCGACGGGGGCCGAGAAGAACGCCAAGGAGGGCUCACCUGCUACGCCCCACGCGUCUGAAGACUCCGGCAAGGGCUCGCCCUCGUCGGGCAGCGAGCGUCUCAACGGGACGGGCAGCAGCACGAGCAGCAGCGGCGGCGGAGGAGGGAGCGGCGCGGAGGGCGAGACCUACAAGUACGGCGCCGACGUCAAGGUCAGCCUGGGCAUCAUCAAGGCGGCCAUGCACGGCGAGAGGAAGUUCGUGUUCGCCGGCAUGCUGACCACCGACAACCAGCACCCGCUGCGAAAGCAAAGGAUUCAGCGCUACCUCACCGAGGUGGAGGAGCGCUCCCGGGCCGAGCAGGAGCAACGGCGCGAGGCCGAGCGCAAGGGCGUGGCCUACGCCGUGGCGCCGCCCAAAAAUGGGCCGGCGACGAUUGAACUGGGCGAGAAUCCGUCGCCCUCAUUCAACCAGCUCAAGACCUCACUCCUUAGCCCUUCCAUGUACACCGGCACGGUUCCCAUCCCGCGGCCGUCCCUGACGGACGAGCCGCCCUCUGCGGCGCACCUCCACAUGCACUACGUCGAUACGCGGCGCCAAUUGGCCGGCGGCUCGCCGGCGGCCUCCUACCCGUCGUACAUCACCCUUCCGAGGCACUGCUCCGGGGCACAGGGCGCCACCCCUAACACGCCGAACUCUCAGUAUAAUAACGAUGCGGCGUCCUCGUACCCGCCAGAGCUCAUCCCGCCAGACUAUGCCAGGUUCCGCCCCACCAACGGCUUCCUGGAGCCCGGCAGUACGCUUCCGGCAGUGCGCCACUACUCCCUGGGCAGCGUGGGCGCUCUUCCCAGCCUGCCGUCCAGUCUUUGUCGGACCCCCAACUGCGUGUACUACGGACUCCCCCAGACGGGCAACUACUGCUCCUCCUGCUACCGCAAGAACAAGGACACGGAGCCCGUAAUCCAGAGGUUCUGACCCGAUUUCCCGUGAUGAGUGGCCUUCUUCAGUUCAGUUUGGGCACAAUUGGCUACCGCUUCCCGGCUCGGGAAGAGACGCGCUCCCCAGACUCAAAACGGGGUGGUCUCGCAUCACUAGAAAAUGCACUUCUGUUACAUUUUUGCUGAGGCUCUUAUGCAGUUGUCCGAGUGUGUGUGUGUGGGGUGUGUGAGUGUGGGGUGUGGGGGACGGCUGCAGGCUCGUCCUCUUCAUCCAUAUUCAAGGCCUGGCCUCUGUCACUUCCUCGUGGGGAGAAUGGAAAUGACAGGACAGGUGCCUGCACAGUACAGAGCGUGGAAACUGCGGGAUGCAGAAAGAAAGAGGGCGUGUCACCACGAGCGGUAGAAGCAAGCCAUUUGAGCAUUUGUUCGAUAUCCAACGAGUGCACCGGAUUGUCUGACUAGUGAGGACAAUGCGUGUACUCGCACAUGGACCUUAUGCUGGAUACCUUUUGGAAUGAAUAAAAUGUUCAAAAUAGUUAAUUGAAAGCUGUUUGAGCAUCGUUUUGCUGUCCACCUUAAGGACCUACUCGUGGGCUAGAAAGACGCAGACACUGAUGAGGCCAAAGCGUACUCGUACAGAGACCUGAAGAUGCUCCAAUGGCUUUCUGUAUGAGGGUUUGGUUUGACACUACUGCCUGUGUACGACGGCGGUGACAGAAAUGACGAAAACGACUCUGCACUGAUCGUACCCCCGGUACCAGUCUUCCAUGUUGGGCCAAGGGUACUAAAGCAGUGUUUCCAUCAAGUGGUACACUUUGGUACAUGAAGGUUCACUUGGGUUCAUUUGGGUUUUGCUUGGUUUGCCGAGUGUUGGAUUACACGUUGGGAGGUUCCAGAUGCAGAUGCAGGUGCAAAGUGGGGAUAAGACAUGAGAUAUUCAGGGUUUAUCAUCCAAGACCUGCAAAAACCAAAACUGCAGUCAAUCAGUCUCGCGUUGUUCUAACUCCGUCUCAAGUCCUCAAAGACUCGAUCCCGUCUGGAGUGAUCAAAGUCUUACUGACUUGUCUUCUAGUCCUAAAUGCGUUGGUCUUACUUUGGCUCAAGUGCUCAAAGUCAUGUCCCCAGGGGCGACUUAUGACUCGGCGGAGAGACUGCCUUAUGGCUGUCUUGGGAACGCCUCGGGAUUCUGGGCUGGAUGAGGUGGCUCGCGAGAAGGAAGUCCGCUCAUCCCUGCAUAAGCUACUGACCAUGAAUAAGCGGAAGGAAAUAGUUGGAUGGAGCCAUGCCGGUCUUGAGACUGUGUCAACUGCAUUUGUGUGUGCGUUGCAGCGCAUGUAGCUACAGACUUUUUAAUUUAUUCCUCAGUGAAGAAAAAAAAUGAGAAGGACGGAAGUGUCUGUCUCUACCUUAGAGACGCUUACUGCCACAAAAGGCACACGGAUAACUCCAAAUGGGUACCCAAGUGAACCGUAACACUUGAUGGAAAUGAGGCUCCGACCGACAUCUAAGCACUGACAGCGUCUCAGCUCCUGAGGACCACAACCUCCUCCAAGGCUCACCAGGGGUUUUUUUUGUGUGUGUGUGUGUGUUCUGUCCUGCUUUAUUCGGAAAGUUGUAGGGGCACAUUGGCCACUUUCCCGUCUCUGCACAAUUCCAAGCACUUUUGGUCGGGACCUCCCCAAGGCUUUGGUGCUCGUCUCAAGUGGGACUUUCCCACCUCGGCGUUCCGUUUCAUUCUUCCGGCUGAAGCUCCUUGUUACUAGUCUGCUCUUUGCCAUCACUAGUAAGACAAGUCACCAUACCUGUAGCACAACUGUCUUACAAGUAAUGUCUUUUCCACGACUAGGAUCACUUUUGAACAAAAUUCACAAUACUCCCGAGUAAACUACUUUGCUACGCUAGUAACACUAUUAGCCUCCUGGAUUUUUCAUUGGUCGUCACACCUAACUCGUGACAUGAGGUGACUAGUUCUACGAGUGCGCUCAAAUGUCUUAAUAGGGACGCCAAAGAGUACAAGUACAUUUGGGAGCCGAGGUUGGAUAUAGAAUCAAUUCUCGAAAUGGUUUCUGGAUAAAAAACUGUACUAGUAUGCCAAAAGAUGUCCGACUAGUGUGGACAAAGAGCGUACCAGUACCAUUACAGGUGGACGACUACUGUUUUGUUUUUAGUUGAUUAGGUUUAAUUUUUUAUUUUAUUUUUUUAGACUAGCAAACUGUUCACUGCCACGUCCGGCAUGGGACACCAUACCCCCCCCCCCCCCCAAUCCUCCUCCCAGUCGUGUAUUUAAAGUGACAGUUCAGUGGACCCCUGCUAUUGGCUGGCCAUGUAUAAUUGACCCACCAUUGAAAUGCAUUGAGGGCAGCUCGGUAGUCGACUGGUUAGCACGUCCGCCUCACAGUGCCGAGGUGCAGGGUUCGAUUCCGGCUCCGGCCUUCUUGUAUGCAGUUCGCAGGUUCUCUCCUGCGUGGGUUUUCUCCGGGUACUCCGGUUUCCUCCCACAUUCCAAAAACAGGCAUGACAGGCUAAUGGAACGCUCCAAAUUGUCCUUAGGUGUGAUUAUGAGUGCGUCUCGUUGUUCAUCUAUGUGUGUCCUGCGAUUGGCUGGCAACCAGUUCAGGGUGUCCCCCGCCUAGUACCUGAAGACAGCUGGGAUCAGCUCCAGCACACCCGCAACACUAAUGAACAUAAGGGGAUCAGAAAAUUGAGGCAAACCAAUUCUUCCAAAAACGCUGAAAAACAUUCAAUGUUUUCCACAACAAAAAAAACGGGGAACCUCCCCUACACCUCCAAAAAAUCAAAAAUUGGACAAAAGUCUGCGAAUAUGUGGAUGCCAAAUUGCCAGUGUGCAGGGUCAACGGUACAUAUAUGUUUUUUAAACAACAUUAGCAUUUUCUGUUUGUCUACGUUUCAUAUUUCGAAUUCUGACGUGAACAGUCACUGACCGUAAAAAAGAUACUUGUUUUGUUUUUUGUGAAUCCUCCAAAGAAGGAGCUGACGUUCGAACGACAAGGCAGACGUGACGUCAUGGCACACUCUUGUUUUGUAUUAAGGCAAAAGAGAGCUUGUAGAGUUAUUUUUGUACGUUUGUUAAAAGUCCCGAACGUUUGCUAACACAGGGGUUAGCCACUCAAAUAUUUCCUUAAAUUGUCUGUGUGUGUCCCCCCCCCCCCCUCCAUUUUCCCCACCAACUAUGUUGUUGCUUUUUUUCUACAGCUCCACAAAAAGAAACCGGCUGAGAAUUGUUUAUACUGUAUUUUUCUACAGCAGAAUGGACAAACCGCAUGGGACUGUGCAUGGAAACAACGACCCAUCUUUUAACCAAAUGUGUGCAUUAUUACUUGUUGUUCGUUGUUUCAUUUUUGUCAUUAAUUUUAUUGUUUUUAAUGCUUUUGAAAGUCCCCAAAGGCUUCUGGGUUUGCAAUGUGGACAGAAAGAGCAUCAGAUUUGAUAUAAUAAUUAUUAUUUUUCAUGAGGUUGUUAUUAUAAUUCUGACAUUCUCUUUGUUUGUUUGUUUUGCACCAUUUGAAUAAAUUCUCAUUGUAUUUGAAGAA